GUGUAUUCCCGGCUCUACUGCCAGGAUUAUCAUGACCCAAGUGUUUAUUACUACACUAACAUUUAUCUUAACUUUAGUGUACUUGUUUUGCAUCGGAUGCAGCACACAAACUGUAUAGGUCUGAGUCUUGACCAUGGAUUCAUACUCACUGAAUACAAUUCUGUGCCCACAUGCCGCUCAAGCAGCUUUUUGUGUAUAAUUUGCUGUGCUCCGUAUAAAAGCCAGAGUACAAGGAAAACAUGGUACAUUGGUAAAUGUGAUGACUAAAAUGGCUUUUUUGUUGCUUAUCUGUGCCCACAUUUCAGAAACAUGCUUUGAUUCUUCUCCAGCCGAACAGGGAACAAACAGACAAUCCCAUUUGUGGAUGUCCUCCACAAAAGGGGGAGGAAUGUACACAGGCCUCGUGGAAAAAGACCAUAACAACAAACAGUGUACAACUCUCUGUCCUACAAAAAGAGAAGCACAUGCAGUCGCACAGCAUCACCACAAGAACGAGAAAGAGAGGUACAGCAGAAUGCCAAGAUGCCUUUUUUUCUGACCUUGCUUUAAAGACGGCACCCUCUGCAAAAAACACAUCUGAGAAAAAAAAGGGAACCAGCAUGGAUUCACCUGCGCUUGAAAUCCUUCACUACAAAGAUGAUGAACAGUCCUCAGCCCUGCUUCUGCAGCUGAACAAACUGAGGGAGGAGAACAUCCUGACAGAUAUCAUCAUGUGUGCUGAUAACACUGAAAUCUCCUGCCACCGUAACGUCCUGGUGUCCAGCAGCCCCUACUUUAGAGCCAUGUUCUGCAAUAACUUCAUAGAGACCCAGCAGACCAAGGUUGUUAUAAAAGGAAUUGGACCUAUCAUUCUGACCAGUAUUGUUGACUAUGUUUACACUGGACUCAUUAGCAUUAACCUGGAUAAUGUGCUCCAUCUGAUGCAGGCAGCAUCCAUGUUGCAAUAUGGCCGCCUUUUUGAGGCCUGCUCAUGUUUCCUCCAGGCACAACUGAGACCAGACAACUGUUUGAGCAUGAUCAGACUCUCAGAUAUGAUGGACUGUGACAGUUUAAGAGAAAAAGCCAAAAAGAUGGCUAUAAAGAGCUUCACUGAUGUGUCCUUGUCUGAGGACCUGUAUGAGCUUUCUUUACAGGAACUGAUGGAGUACUUGGAUGAUGACAGACUUUGUGCUGAGGAGGAGCAGGUUUUUGAGACACUUGUUGCUUGGAUCCAUCAUGAUCCUAUCUCCAGGCAUGGGACCAUCAGCAACCUUUUCAAAAAGGUUCGUCUUCGACAUUUACAUCCUACUUACCUCUUCCAAUUCAUUGCAAAUGACCCUCUGAUCCAGUCUUCUACCCUCUGCAAUGAGAUCAUUGAAUCUGUAAGGCGCCUCAUGUUUUCAGUUGGCACAAGAAGCAUCAGAGACUUAAUGGUUGACUUUAAAACUUUGUGGGCUGCACCACACCGCUGCAGCUACAACGAUACAUUAGUGGUGAUGGGAGGAAGGAGAAACAAUGAGCAGACUUCAAGGGAGGCCUUGAUCUUUGACGAGAAGAACCAGAAGUGGCAGCGGCUCACCAAGCUUCCUGUUCGUCUUCACAAAGCCUCCUAUGUAGCCCUUCACAGCAUACUGUAUGUUCUUGGAGGUUUGACCACAAACACAAACUGCAGCCAGGUCAGCCGGACUGUCUACACCCUCUCCCUCAAGACCAACCAGUGGAGGACAGCAGAGCCCAUGCUGGAGCCUCGCUUUGCCCACCAGAGUGUCUCCUACCUGCACUUCAUCUUCAUCCUGGGUGGCCUCGGGUCUGAUAGACAGCUGACAACCAGUAUGGAAAGGUACAAUAGUAUGUUCAACCAAUGGGAAGCUGUGUCACCAAUACCAGAGGCUGUUCUGCACCCUGCAGUUGCUGCUACCAACCAGAGAAUCUACAUGUUUGGAGGGCAGGAUGCCACAUAUAACCCAGUCAGAUUGAUACAGGUAUAUCAUAUUGGCAGGAACAUGUGGUCCAAGAUGGAAAACAGAACAGUGAAGAACGUGUCUGCUCCUGCUGUUGUUGUGGAUGAAAAAAUCUACAUCAUUGGAGGAUACACCAGGAGAGUGAUUGCCUACGACACCGAGGCCAACACGUUCAUUAAAUGUGCCAACCUGAAGGAGCGGAGGAUGCACCACGCCGCUGCCUGCCUCAACAACAAGCUCUACGUCACUGGCGGACGUUACAUCAGCGGUCAUAAUCUCAUAGAAGACCUGGACACUUUAGAGUGCUUUCACCCAAAGACAGACACUUGGACACAUAAAGGGACCUUGCCAUAUAAACUGUUUGACCACGGCUCCCUGACGCUGACAUGUAUCGUGCAGAACUGGAAGAAAUCAUAAUAAAGGCAAAGGAACAUUUUUAAAUGUUUACAAUUUUUAACUGUGUUGCCCUGCAAUGGACUGGCGACCUGUUCAAGGUGUACCCCGCCUCUCACCCGUAGACUGCUGGAGAUAGGCACCAGCUGCCCCGCGACCCACUAUGGAAGAAGUGGGUAUAGAAAAUGGAUGGAUGGAACUAGUUGUGUAUUGAAAGUUUGUACUGAAAUUUUAAUGAAACAGAUUUAAAGCUUGUUUAUAAAAUGCAGUUGCACAAUAAACACCUUUUUCUUAAGAAAAUA